AUGGCCUCCAACUCCGCACCGGCAUUGGGACCGGAAUAUGUCAUGGGACCGCCGGUCGUGACAUUGCCACAGAGCUCUCCAUUGGAUCAGUUUCAGCACAUUGUGAGUCAGGUGAGUGACCAUUGCCAUCCACCGAAUCACCAGUUGCGGUGGCCGGCACAGAUGGUAUUGACCCGAUUGCGUGAGGCAAUUGCGAUCUUCCAUGUGCAUUUGGCAUGCAUUGCUUCGACCUUGGAAUUGCACCAGUGGAAGACUACGUUGAUUGAGUGCACUCAGGUCAUUGACCAUUACGUCACUGUGACAUUGAAUGAAGGCAUCAUUCACUUGGAUUGCCCAGUGAUUCCUGAGAUUGCAGAGAUGGUUCAUGAUGCAUUGACUGCAUACUCGCGACAAUUGAUGCGAUUCACAGGCAGGAUUACGGGGAUUGAAGUCCAACUUGGAUGGACCAUUGGUAACAAGUUUUCAAGGACAUUGACCCCUGAUGGAUAUCCUGUCCAUUGUGGGUACGCAAAUUGUGCCUAUCUCAAUUUGCUCCACGUUUGCAAUCGUUGCAUUGCGACCAUGAGAGCAACGGACAUUGCAGAUGGGAUUCCCAUUUUCUCAUUGAACCUGGCAUUCCUUCUAUUGGACAAGACGGUUGAAUGCUAUUGUGCAUUGAAGUCCAUCUUUACGCGUGCCAUUGCAGUGACAACAUUGCCCGCAUCGAUCAUUGAGUCAUUGAGCAGUGGACGUUCCACUGAGAUCCCAACUCCAUUGGGACAACUCAACGCGCAAUUCAGCGUUGACGCGGCAUUGCGCAAACUUUGCCAUUGGUACAGGCAGAAUCGCUUCACGAACAUUCAGAAUCUGGAAUUGGUGAAGCUUCUCAUUUGUAGACCAACGAAAUUGAUGAUGGAUACGCGAUUGAAAAAGCCUGAGGGAGUCGGUGGAUUCCUCAAGUAUCACAAUUGCUCGUUUCUCUCCAAUUCAUGGUGUCUAACCAUUGACAGCGAGCAGAACCAGAUUGGAGGUCCGUACACCUAUUGUCUGGAUGGACUUGUGCGCCAGCAUUGCAUUGUCCUGGAAUUGACAACCAUGAAUGUGGAAGCAUUGGCGUCAUUGUUGCAUAACUCCAGUUAUGAACAUUGGUUUCCGACAGAAGCCGUGCACCGCCAUUGCACGCUUCCAUUGACGCACAUGCAGAUUGAGGGAACGCCGGAAUUGUUCCUAUUGUCUGAAAGUUGCGAGGAAGUUGCGGCUGACGACAUUGCGACCAGUGCAGGCAUUGGAUAA